CCCAUUACAGCCCCCCGCGCGACUAAUUCAUUUAAGUAAUGGAAAAAGCUUGCCACCUGUGAUAUUUUCAUCCAUUAUAAGUAGUUCUGGGGAGCCCCAAACAUAUCGUAUAUCAUCAUCAUUUGGUUGCCCAUCCAUUCUCCGACCGACCCAACAGGCUUAGUUACGUCUCCCUGCACCAUCAGGAGAGAAAUUAAUUCAGGAUGUGGAAGCUGAAGAUUGCUGAAGGCCAUGGCCCAUAUUUGUACAGCACCAACAACUUCGUCGGCCGACAAAUUUGGGAGUAUGAUCCCAAUGGCGGAACCCCUGAAGAACGCCAAGCAUUUCAGAAGGCUCGCGAAGAAUUCAAUGAGAACAGGAAGAAGGGUUUUCAUUCUUGUGCUGAUUUGUUCAUGAGAAUGCAGCUUAAAAGAGAAAGUGGAAUUGAUCUGCUAAGCAUCCCACCGGUUAGAGUUGGAGAAAAGGAAGAAGUGACCUACGAGGCAGCGACUAUUGCUGUGAAGAAAGCCCUGCGCCUUAAUCGGGCAGUCCAAGCAAGUGACGGGCACUGGCCAGCUGAAAAUGCAGGCCCUAUGUUUUUUACUCCUCCCCUCCUUAUCGCCUUGUACAUAAGCGGAGCAAUCAACACAAUUUUGACAUCCGAACACAAGAAGGAAAUGGUUCGAUACAUCUACAACCAUCAGAAUGAGGACGGCGGAUGGGGAUUUUACAUAGAAGGGCACAGCACAAUGAUAGGUUCAGCACUUAGCUAUGUGGCACUACGUAUUUUGGGAGAGGGACCCGACGACGGCAACGGUGCAGUAGCAAGGGCUCGCAAGUGGAUUCUGGAUCAUGGUGGUGCAACUGGAAUUCCCUCUUGGGGAAAGACCUAUCUUUCGGUCCUGGGAGUGUACGAAUGGGAUGGCUGCAACCCGCUUCCCCCGGAGUUCUGGCUCUUCCCUUCAGUUUUGCCUUAUCAUCCAGCUAAAAUGUGGUGCUACUGUCGUACAACUUACAUGCCCAUGUCCUACCUCUACGGUAGAAAAUACCACGGACCACUUACCGACUUGGUUCUAUCAAUCAGACAAGAAAUCCACGUCAAGCCCUAUGAUCAAAUAGAUUGGAAUAAGGCACGCCAUGACUGUUGUAAGGAUGAUCUUUACUACCCUCACACCUUCAUACAAGAUUUGCUUUGGGAUACUCUCAACUACUGCACAGAACCAUUUAUGCGGCGUUGGCCAUUAAACAAGAUCAGACAAAAGGCUAUGGACAAGGCAAUUAAAUACAUGCGCUAUGGAGCUGAGGAGAGCAGAUAUAUUACCAUCGGAUGUGUAGAAAAAAGUCUUCAAAUGAUGUGUUGGUGGGCCCAUGAUCCUAACUGCGACGAGUUCAAGCAUCAUCUAGCCAGGGUCCCUGAUUAUCUGUGGCUCGCCGAAGAUGGCAUGAAGAUGCAGAGUUUUGGAAGUCAAAUAUGGGACAGUACUCUUGCCACACAAGCAGUUAUUGCUAGUGGCAUGGUUGACGAAUACGGCGAUUGUCUUAAGAAGGCACACUUCUACGUGAAAGAAUCUCAGAUAAAGGAAAACCCGAAGGGCGACCACACAGCAAUGUAUCGUCACUUUACUAAAGGUGCGUGGACUUUCUCUGAUCAGGAUCAGGGAUGGGUUGUAUCAGACUGCACAGCUGAGGCCCUCAAGUGUUUGCUCCUGCUUUCACAAAUGCCAACUGAAAUUGCGGGAGAGAAAGCCGAUGUUGAGCGCUUGUACGAGGCUGUGAACGUGCUCCUUUAUUUGCAAAGUCCUCUGAGCGGUGGAUUUGCUAUCUGGGAACCACCAAUUCCGCAACCAUACUUGCAGGUAUUGAACCCCUCAGAACUGUUUGCGGACAUUGUCGUUGAGCAAGAGCAUGUUGAAUGCACUGCUUCCAUAGUCCAAGCUCUUCUAGCAUUCAAGAGGCUGCAUCCAGGCCACCGGGAGAAAGAAAUUGAGAUCUCCGUGGCUAAGGCAUUACAGUUCCUCGAGGAGAAACAAUGGCCUGAUGGUUCAUGGUAUGGAUACUGGGGAAUUUGCUUCCUCUACGGCACAUUCUUCGUGCUGGGAGGAUUAGCUGCUGCAGGGAAGACAUACGAGAACAGCGAAGCAGUUAGAAAAGGUGUCAACUUUUUCCUCUCAACACAAAAUGAAGAAGGUGGAUGGGGAGAAAGCUUGGAGUCCUGCCCAAGCAUGAAAUACACACCCUUGGAAGGAAACCGCACAAAUUUGGUACAGACAUCAUGGGCAAUGCUCGGUCUUUUGCAAAGUGGACAGGCAGAGAGGGAUCCUACACCUCUGCAUAGAGCAGCAAAGUUGUUGAUCAAUGCACAGAUGGACGACGGCGACUUCCCUCAACAGGAAAUCACUGGAGUGUACAUGAAGAACUGUAUGCUGCAUUACGCACAAUACAGGAAUAUCUUCCCACUGUGGGCACUGGGAGAGUAUCGCAAACGAGUCUGGCCAUCUCAAUGCCUCUAAACAACAACACAUAUACAUAUAUAUGCUCACUGCAGCAACUGCGCAAGCUUCUGUACUGUUGAUUGUUGAAGAGUGUGUGUGUAAAGCUUUCCACAGCCAGCAAUGUCCAGAAUAAUAUUCAAAAAAUAAUGAGGCACAAAGAAUGAAUAGCCAUCUUCUCUAAGACGAUAUAGAAUAGUACAAUAAUGAAGCUCCAUGUUUAUUUAUUUUUUCUUUUUAGACUUUGAAAUCCUACUGUACAUUAUGUAUCCUCAGCACCAAAACUUCUCAUGUAUUGUAACUUUUGAUGAAAUUGUCUAAGCAAUUCAUCAAUUUUUAGUUAUAUACUUAGCAGUUGUAUCAAA